AUGUGUAUCGCUCUUCUGACAACCGCGCAUCCCGAAUACCCGUUCAUUCUGCUGAACAACCGCGAUGAGUUUUUGACUCGACCAACUGCGAAAGCCGCCUUCUGGCCUUCUCCUAAUGAGCAUGUUCUUGGAGGUCGCGAUCUGCAGCGUCCAGAGCAGGGUACUUGGCUCGGUCUCACCAAACAAGGUCGUCUAGCCUGCUUGACCAAUUUUCGCGAAUCCGGCGCUCAGAUAUACGGCACAAAAUCGCGAGGAGGACUGCCAAAGGCCUUUCUCACAUUAACACCAGACAGCGCAAAGUCCUCCAAAGAGUUUGCUCGCCAUAUGGUCGAAGAUGUUGGCGUGAGCGAUGUAGGCGGCUUCAGUCUUGUCUUCGGUAAGCUCACCAAGAAAGACGUCUGCGCGGGAGAAGGAAAGGGACUGGCCAUCAUCUCAAAUCGUACCGAGAAUGCUUCAGCUACGACUUGGAUUUGUAGUAAGCCUGGUGAGAUCCAGGGCCUCAGCAACUCACAUUUCGGUGACCGAACAUGGCCCAAAGUCGUUGAAGGUGAGAAACGACUUCAGAAUACCAUCGAGGAACAUGUCGCAGCAGGAUCGAAUAAGCAGGAUCUGCUCAAUGCCCUAUUUGAGAUUCUGAGUCUGGAUACUUUGCCUCGUCGCAAGCACGGCCAGGACUGGGAGACCUACGUCUACCAAUUGCGCAACAGCAUCUUCAUUCCUCGCAUUGGUGGAAAGGAAGUGAGCAACUCAUCUGCCGACGAGAUUGCAGCUGCGGAUGAGAGUCUCACAGCGAAGGCUGAUAGUGGAGUAUACGGCACUCAGAAGCAAACAGUGAUCUUGGUUGACAAGGAUGGCAUGGCCACCUUUGUUGAGAGGACACUUUACGACGAGCAUGGUCACGCAACAGACAACGAUGCACAGCAGUAUGAGUUCGAGAUUGAAGGCUGGAGUGAUUGA